UUUCCCCUCCCCGGACACGCGCGCGCGCUCCACACCAUCAUCCUCCCUCCUCCGCUCCACCCACCACUCCUCCCCCCACCUAUAGCUACCUCCCUCCCGGACCCCUCCGGCGCGUGUCUCUGGCUGCGGCGCGUCGGCGAGUCGGCUGCUGACUGGUUCUUUUUUCAGUUCGCGAGGCGGGCGGAGGUUCUUUAGCGUCGGCCGAGAUGGCGGCGGCGGCGGCGAUCUGCGGGGAGGACGAGCCGGCGCCGCGCGAUCCGGAGAGCGCGGCGGCGGCGGGCGGCGGGGUCGAGCGGCUGGAUCUCGGGGACGGCCGGGCGGCGCUCGUGGCGGGGGGCAAGAGGAGCGUCUACCUCAUGGACUGCGAGCCGGUGUGGGGCUGCGUCGCCACGCCGGGGCGCGGCGGGGAGAUGGAGGACGCCUGCGCCGCCGUGCCCCGCUUCGCCGACGUGCCCGUGCGCCUGCUCGCCCGGCGCCGCGACCUCGAAGGGCUCGGGCUCGACGCCGACGCGCUCCGCCUGCCCUCCCACCUCUUCGCCGUCUUCGACGGCCACGGCGGCUCCGAGGUGUCCAACUACUGCCGGGAGAGGCUCCACGUCGUGCUGAGCAAGGAGCUGAGGAAGCCCCCCAGCGAUCUGGGGGAGAUGAGCGAUGUGGACAUGAAGGAGCACUGGGACGACCUCUUCACCAGGUGUUUCCAGACAGUGGACGACGAGGUGUCAGGGCUUGCAAGCAGGCUCGUCGACGGAGAGCCCCGGUCAGACCCGAUCGCCGCGGAGAACGUAGGCUCCACGGCGGUUGCAGUGGUAGUGUGCUCCUCUCAUGUAGUGGUCGCCAAUUGCGGCGAUUCUCGCAUCGUGCUCUCGCGCGGGAAGGAGCCUGUUGCUCUUUCAAUUGAUCAGAAGCCUGACAGGAAGGAUGAGCGCGCCAGGAUUGAGGCUGCGGGAGGCAAGGUCAUCCAAUGGAAUGGACACCGAGUGUCCGGCAUACUUGCUAUGUCACGAUCCAUUGGUGACCGAUACUUGAAGCCAUACAUCAUCUCAAAACCAGAAGUUACGGUUGUUCCUCGGGCUAAAGAUGACGACUGCCUCAUUCUGGCCAGCGACGGGCUCUGGGACGUCGUGUCGAACGAAGAGGCGUGCAAGGUCGCACGCCGGCAAAUCCAACAGUGGCACAAGAACAACAGCGUCACAACAUCAUCGUCAGAUGGAGGUGAUGGAUCCACCGACCCUGCCGCGCAGGCAGCUGCAGACUAUCUGACGAGGCUUGCAUUGAAGAAAGGAAGCCAGGACAAUAUCACUGUAAUCGUGGUCGACUUGAAACCCCGGAGGAAACCCAAGAAUAAUUCCUAACAUGACUUGAAUUCAUACUAGCAGUUGGUCUUCUAAUGAGACUUGACCCACCUUUUUCGUUGGGUUUCAAGAAUUGUACAUGUAUAUGAUAGAUGGAUUUUCGACCUAGUGGGUUAUAAAGAUUAAUUAAUUGUA